AUGAAAUCUUCCAUCGCAAACUUGGCUACCAUGUUGGCCUCCCUCAACAUCGCCGCUGCAGCAAUCAUACCCAUCAAGUAUGUUGAACGAGGAGGCUCCGCUUCACUCUCCUACGACCCUGUCUACGACAACGCAGCUUCCUCCCUCAACAUUGCAGCCUGUGGCAGUGUGCUGAGUCACAAGUAUGCCACCUUUGGUGACUUACCUGGCUUCCCCCAUGUCGGAGGUGCACUGACCAUCUCGGGCACCGGCAGUGCCAAAUGCGGAACCUGCUACCAGCUGCACUUCUCUGGCAAUGGGGUCGACAAUACGAUCACGGUUUUGGGCAUCGACACGGCUCCGGCGGGAUUCAAUAUUGGCCUUCAGGCCAUGAAUGAUCUCACUGGUGGACAGGCAGAGCAAUUGGGAAGAGUCCAGGUCACUUGGACCGAGGUGGAUGUCUCGGAAUGUUCAUGA